UUUCUGCAUCGCCAAUUCCCGCCCCCAAGCGUGUGCGAGCAGACGUCACUUCCGUCUAGAGGCGAUAGGAGAUCCCUUCGUGGUGCGACCGGACUGGUAAAUUACCGGAUUCUGUACAUAACCAGAGGAGACACACACCGCUCUGUGGGAGUUAUGACAAGAAGCUAAAAUUCCAUAAACUGCCAGGAUAAAGAAGAACCCAUGAUUCCUAUAUGUCCAGUUGUAUCCUUCACCUAUGUGCCCAGCCGGCUUGGUGAAGAAGCCAAAAUGGCUACUGGCAACUACUUUGGAUUUACCCAUGGUGCAGCUGCUCAGUAUAGCCAACAGCCAGCAUCUGGUGUAGCCUAUUCUCAUCCUACAACUGUGGCAAGUUAUACUGUCCAUCAGGCACCAGUUGCUGCUCACACAGUUACAGCUGCGUAUGCCCCAGCGGCAGCAACUGUUGCAGUUGCACGGCCAGCGCCUGUGGCUGUGGCAGCUGCUGCUACAGCAGCUGCUUAUGGUGGUUACCCUGCAGCCCAUACAGCAACAGACUACGGCUACACACAGAGGCAGCAGGAAGCUCCUCCGCCACCCCCUCCUGUCACAACACAGAAUUACCAGGACUCGUAUUCUUAUGUCCGUUCUACUGCUCCUGCAGUAGCCUACGACAGUAAGCAGUACUACCAACAGCCUACUGCUACUGUAGCCGCUGCGGCUCAACCUCAGCCAGCGGUGGCAGAAACCUAUUAUCAGACAGCUCCUAUCGCCUUGUCUCUUCCAGUUGCUCCCAAGGCUGGCUACAGCCAGGGUGCUGCACAAUAUACCCAAGCGCAACAAACACGACAAGUGACUGCCAUCAAACCAGCCAAUCCUAGCCCUGCCACAACAACAUUCUCUAUAUAUCCUGUGUCCUCCACUGUGCAGCCAGUAGCAGCUGCAGCUACUGUAGUUCCCUCUUACACACAAAGUGCUACGUAUAGUACCACUGCCGUGACAUAUUCUGGUGCAGCGUAUUCUGGAUAUGAAGCUGCAGUGUAUUCAGCUGCAUCAUCCUACUACCAACAGCAGCAACAGCAACAACAGAAACAGGCGGCGGCAGCUGCUGCAGCGGCAGCCACUGCAGCAUGGACCGGGACCAACUUUACUAAAAAACCUCAAUUCCAAAAUAAGCAGUUGAAACCGAAGCAGCCCCCCAAACCACCGCAGAUACAUUACUGUGAUGUGUGCAAGAUCAGUUGUGCAGGCCCACAGACUUACAAGGAACAUUUGGAAGGUCAAAAGCACAAGAAAAAAGAAGCGGCUUUGAAAGCCUCCCAAAACACAACCAGCAGUAGCACAGCCGUUCGGGGGACCCAGAAUCAACUCCGAUGUGAACUUUGUGACGUUUCCUGCACAGGAGCCGAUGCCUACGCUGCACACAUAAGAGGAGCUAAACACCAGAAGGUGGUAAAGUUGCACACCAAACUUGGUAAACCCAUUCCAUCAACGGAACCGAAUGUUGUAAGCCAGUCUGUGACUUCUGCAGCCGUCUCUAAGCCUUCCACCACCUCAAGUAGCACAUCAGGUGCUAAUGGGAGCUCUUCUGUGGGAGCCAGCCCUUCUGUAAAGCUGCUCACUUCUAGCUCCUCUCUGAGCACUUCAAGCAGCAGCAAAGCAUCCAGUAUGUCCUCUACAAGCAUUGUCAAGAAAGUAACUACCCCAAAAAUAACUUUUAUUGGUGGAAACAAACUGCAAUCAACAGGGAAUAAGGUUGAUGACAGCAAAAUGUCAGACAGUGCAAAGACAACCCCAAGUACUGCAGCACAAACACAAGAAGCAAAGAUAGAUCCGAUGUCGGAAGCCGCUCAGACUCUAGCAGCCUUACAGAGUGAUGUGCAGCCUGUCGGGCAUGAUUAUGUCGAAGAGGUUCGGAAUGAUGAAGGAAAAGUUAUCCGCUUUCACUGCAAGCUUUGUGAGUGUAGCUUUAAUGAUCCCAAUGCGAAGGAAAUGCAUUUAAAGGGAAGGAGGCACAGGCUUCAGUACAAGAAAAAGGUCAAUCCAGACUUACAAGUGGAAGUAAAGCCCAGCAUCCGAGCAAGAAAGAUCCAAGAGGAGAAGAUGCGCAAACAGAUGCAAAAAGAAGAAUAUUGGCGAAGGCGUGAAGAGGAGGAGCGAUGGCGAAUGGAAAUGAGAAAUCGAGACUCAUCAGACCAGGCAACAUUUUUCCAGUCUUCAACUGUCCAAUUUUGGCGCUAUGAAGAGGAUAUGUAUUGGCGAAGGAUGGAAGAGGAGCAACAUCACUGGGAUGAUAGACGCAGAGUGCCUGAAGGAGGUUAUCCACAUGGUCCUCCGGGACCCCCAGGCUUGUUGGGAGUUAGGCCAGGGAUGCCACCUCAACCUCAAGGGCCAUCACCUUUACGCAGACCAGACUCCUCUGAUGACCGCUAUGUUAUGACAAAGCACGCUGCCAUCUACCCCACAGAGGAGGAACUUCAAGCAGUACAAAAAAUAGUGUCACUCACAGAGCGAGCACUUAAACUUGUGUCAGACUCCAUGGCAGACCAAGACAAAAGUAAGACAAAGGAAAGUGAUGAUAAGAAGGAGCCUUCUAAGGAGAGAGCCCUGAAAGGAGUCCUGCGUGUCGGAGUGCUUGCUAAAGGGCUACUUCUGCGUGGCGAUAGAAAUGUCAGCCUUGUUCUUCUCUGUGCUGAGAAACCAACCAGAGCCCUGCUGAGCCGUAUAACCGAAAGCUUGCCCAAACAGCUUGCAGUCAUAUGCCCAGAGAAGUACGAAGUUUCUUGCUCUCUUGCAGAAGCAGCCAUUAUUCUGAAUUCUUGCGUGGAACCCAAAAUGCAAGUUACCAUAACCCUGACAUCUCCAGUCAUAAGAGAAGAAAACCUGAGGGAUGGAGAUGUAACCCCGGGUAUGGUGAAAGACCCACCGGACGUCUUGGACAGGCAAAAAUGCCUUGACGCUCUGGCUGCUCUGCGCCACGCUAAGUGGUUCCAGGCUAGAGCCAAUGGUCUGCAAUCCUGUGUCAUUAUCAUCCGCAUUCUUCGUGAUCUGUGCCAGCGCGUGCCCACAUGGUCUGACUUCCCAAGCUGGGCGUUGGAAUUAUUAGUUGAAAAGGCUAUAAGCAGCUCUUCUGGACCUCAAAGCCCAGGGGAUGCUCUGAGGAGAGUUUUCGAGUGUAUUUCUUCAGGCAUUAUUUUGAAAGGGGGUCCCGGCUUGCUGGAUCCGUGUGAGAAAGAUCCAUACGACACCCUCGCCACCAUGAAUGACCAACAACGGGAAGAUAUCACAUCAAGUGCACAGUUUGCCCUGAGGCUGCUGGCGUUCCGUCAGAUAUACAAAGUCCUCGGCAUGGACCCCCUGUCCCAGAUGAACCAGCGCUUCAACGUUCAUAACAACCGCAAGCGAAGGCGAGACAGCGACGGGGUGGACAGCUUCGAAGCCGAAGGAAAGAAAGACAAGAAGGAUUACGAUAACUUCUAAAGAGCAGGACUUCUUCAGUCUCUGCGAAGUACUUUCCAGAAUUCUACAUUUCCACAUACUGGGUGUCCCAUCAGGUCUGGUCAGCAGGGUAGCGCGAGCCAAUCCAGGAGAGGGGCUCAUUGUGCUUACCCUGCGUCAGAUCUCAGUCAGUUGCUCCUGUAGUAUAGCUUCCGCCAUUGUAAAGCUGCUUUAGUUUCUGUUAGAAGAUGCUUAACCCUCUCCCAGUGAUAACAUUGUCCAUUUACUCAUUCACCGCUCUCUAGCGCCACCUGUUUUGAUUGCAUAAGAUUUUUAAGUUAUAUAAAUAUAUCUAUAUGUAUCCGUAGGAAAGCACUCGCCUGUCCGACGUGUAUUUCUCUCUGCUAGCCGUCAGCCUAUCAUUCGCCAUCGUGCUGCAGUCACAAGCCUAGUGUUUUUAAAGACCCGUGGGAAAGGGAAAGCUUUCUUCAUUAGUUGUAAUUUACUUUGUAAUAAAUAUGGCACGAGCCUCACUAUUUGUUUUAAAAAAUGUUUUUUUUUUUGUUUGGUUUCUGUAAAUUGAUGCCGUUGAUGUACUUGUUGUGCGAGGAUUAUAAUAACAAUUGCUUUUUUUUUUAUUUUGGCAACAAAGCACUCGGAAGUAAAUGUCUCAACCCAAACUCGUGGCAUUUGUCUCAAAUGAUUAACUAGGUAUCAUUUCAGCUUUGUGUUACCCCGUUAGGUUAGCGAGGGGCGGGCAAUAUAUCUUUCCGUUAUUCGCUUUGGUACAUAGAAGCUGACAGUACUGCAUGGCCUGUUGUUCAUUUUGUUUGUUAAACGCUUGUACUUAGGUUCUAUGACUGACGAUCAGUUUGAUUGUUGUAAACAGGGCUAAUGUAAAUACAUAUGAUUGUUUAGUGAAUUAAUACCUUCAUGUCGUACAUGGCUAUCGCUUUCUGUCAGUGCAUUGCAGCAGACUGGCGUGUCCUGGUGGAUUUGGCUGAAGACUGGCAUUUACAAACAUUGGGGCUCAUUUUUUCAGCCAGCUGCUGGUAGAACAAUUCGGUUGCCAUGGGUUACUGCCCACAGGCAGAUUUGCCCGGUGUUGAUAAAUGACCCCUAACGACUUGAUCAUUUCCCAGCUUCAUUAUAAAGGCCCAAUUUAGAAUAGGAAAAUGUUUUGUUUAUUUUUUACUCUAAGUAAGGAAAUACUUGCAGAGCUUUUUUUACCCUUUUAUUUCCAGCAAACCUAAAGCCAAAGGCGCUGACUAUGUUGCCAUUGCUACGUCCUUUGAUUGAUGCUGCCAAGUCUGUACUGGCAACACGUGGCUCUCAUUGGGUUAAACUAUAUACAUAUAAUAUGUAAUAUAAGGCAUUACAUUUGCUCAGUAGUAGCAACUUAUAACAACCAAUAAGAUGUUGGCUUUUAAACAGGAGAGCAGUAAGUUCUGCCUGCUGAUUGGUUGCUAUGGGUGCCUGCUCCUGGGCUGACUUGGUGCUUUUUAUUACAUAGCCCCAUUGCUGCUUGGGAGGCCUCGACAGCUAGACACUUUAUAUAUACACCAUCCUUUGUAUAAUUAAUAUCAUUGUCACAAUCUGCACAUUAUUGCUCUGUGUGUUCAGUUAAAGCCAAUUUACCCAAAAUAUAUAGGAUAGCGUUUAUCAAACACGGACCCUUUUAUAAUUCUGCGUUAGUGGGGGGGCCGUCAUAUUGUUAGAAUGUACAAAGGCAAAGCCUGAAAAUAAUUUAGACAACAGCAUCCCUAGUGUUCAUAGAUUGUAACUGCACUAAUCAUUUCAGUCCUCUAUUAAAAUGUAUUUGGCCGUUGCUGGGGCGUGGAAUAUUUUUUUUUUUCUGCGAGCUUUAACAUUGGUUGAUUCAGUUUGGCCUAUUUAUUGCCAUUGUGGCCUAUAGAGACCCGCCUUAGGCUACCUGACGGCUCCCCCCACAUACAAUAGGGGCGCUAUGUGCUACAACUGUCACUUUUGUGGUUCUCCCAUGUUGCACCCCCACCCCUUGUCAUUAAUGCUUUGCUUGUAACUUCUCACCGUAUAGAACACAUGUUGCAAUGAUCCCCGUUCCUCCAUUAGUUAAUACAGUGCAGUUUCAGUAAGUCACUCGGUUAUAGUAGAAAGGCGGCAAUGAGACCGGGCACGGUGUCCAUGUUGAGACCUCCCAUGUGUUCUGUUCUGUUGGGGGAUUAUGGAGGAGUUGCCGGCCUCAGUUUCAUGAUGUAGAGGGCUGAGUAUAUCUCCUCGUUUGCAUCGUACAGAUGUUAUAUACGCACUGGUACAGAUGUUAUUGUCAUCGCACUGCAGUGAAAUAAAGCUCAAAGUUGACAAUC